AUGGCCCCUCCGCUGGUCGGGUUCGUGGUUGUACUUAUACUCAGCGCUGCAAUCUACAGGCUUUAUAAGAAGAAAACAACAAAAUCAGAUAGAGACGUGCAAAUUCCGGAUCCCAACGGCCCGAAGAAUGAUAAAGUUUCAGAAAGAGGUGAUGAUGAGAUAAAUCCCACUAGAAGCCCUCGGGUGUACAGUUAUGAAGAGCUAAGUAGAGCGACUGCUGGAUUUAGUGAAGAUUUAAUACUCGGAAAGGGAGGAUUCGGAAGAGUUUACACGGGAAGUCUAGAGGAUGGAGAAAUAGUGGCGGUGAAGAGAAUUUAUCAGAACUCUGAGGAAGGGCUUAGACAAUACGAAUCAGAAAUUGCAAUAAUUGAUAGCUUGUCACAUCCUAAUUUGGUUCCCCUUCUAGGAUGGUGCCACGACAAAAACGGCGAACUUCUUCUGGUUUACAAGCAUAUGUCCAAUGGCAGUCUGGACAAAUAUUUGUUUGCAGGAGAAGCUCGGAUUCGGGCUCUGAGUUGGAAUGAGAGAUUCAGUAUAGUCUGCGACUUAGCUUCGGCUCUUCUCCAUCUGCAUGAGGAAUCACGCCCCCGAGUUCUGCAUAGAGACAUCAAAUCUAGCAAUAUAAUGUUGGACUGCAACUUUGUGGCACGCGUUGGAGACUAUAGUUUGGCUCGGUUGAUGGAGCACGAUAACACGUCUCGCUACACAAAGCCUGGUGGAACGAUUGGCUAUAUUGCGCCAGAGUGCUUCCAAACAUUGAGGGCUAGCUUCGAAUCCGAUGUCUUCAGCUUUGGUGCCGUGGCUCUGGAAAUUGCCUGUGGAAGGCCCGCGUUCGACAGAGAUCUUACGUUUUGCAAUAUGAGUUUGGUGAACUGGGUUUGGAGUCUGCAUAAAAUGGGACAGAUACUUGAUGCAGCUGAUAAAUUGCUUGAUAAGGAAAGAGAUGGGGUUCAAAUUGAAAGGUUGAUGCUCGUCGGAUUGUGGUGCUCCAUCCAUGAUUAUAGACAGAGACCAAGAAUGCAGUUAGUUCUUGAAGCCUUAAAAUUUGAAGCUGAAUUGCCUAUUCUCCCAUGCAGAAUACCUGGAGAGCCUCAUUGA